CUGGAAGGUCAGGGCAGUUGUGAACCAAUGGAGACUGUAAAUGAAACAGAAGCAGGUGACAUUAGUAAAGGUGCAGUCAUUGCAAAGCAGGAGAAAAAUAAUGAAUCUUGGCUUCAGGACAUUGAUAAGUUGUCAGAAUCAACAGAUGGUGAUGGCGAAGAUGACACCAAUGAUGAAGAUAAUGAUGAAGACAGCAACCCUAGAAAGGAUAAUCAUGCCCCACUAGAGUUAAUGACAGAAUUCCUGAGAGCAGAAAUGGACCGAGACUACCAUCUGGCAAAAAAAUUAUGUCAGAUGAUCCUAAUCUAUGAACCAGAAAAUCCUGAGGCCAAAGAGUUUUUUGCACUUAUUGAAGAAAUGCUGCUGAUAGAGAAAGCUCAGAAUCUUAAGAAAGAAGAAGAGGAGAGUGAAGAAGACAGUAGCGAUGACAGUGAUGGAGAAAGCAGUGAGGAUGAGAGUGACAAGAGCUCCGAUGAAUGUGAAGAUGGCUCGUGA